AUGCUAACCUUCCCAUCUAUAGACGAAGGCUUCAAGUUCUGGAAAAUCUGGACCGGCUGGGUGAUUUUGUUCAUAUUUUUAGUAUUUUUUGCUAGUUAUCUGAUUUUGUUCCCUUUCUAUGUAUAUGUGAAUAAAGUCAGCCGCACUAGAGAUCAAAAGAACUUUCUGUUCCCUACCGUCAAUCACUUUUUCAAAAUGAUUCAAGUAGUGUACAUCCUUUUUGCAUUUUCUUUACUUAUUUUUAUUAUUGGAUUUUCACUUGGCUCGAGCAUGGGCUACUUCUCAAAAUUACCAUUAUCUCUCAUGUCGUUCGCCUUAUGCAUUUGGUUGUUAAUUUAAGUUAUGAUCCUGGUAUUUUACAUAUUGAUUAUUCUCCUAGCCAUUGAAAAAUUCACUCUUUAUUUUUUCCCGUCAACCGAGAGAUUUGUAAUAUCGGUGCAAAAAUACCAGAUCAAAUAUAUUUGGUGUCUUUAUCUAGCCACAUUCAUUUUUCAAUUUCUAAUGAUUGUGAAUUCUCUGAGAUGGGGGAUGCAUGCAUUAGAUGCAGUCAAAAUUGAAAUGAUAACAUACGUGUGCCUGAACAUUAUAUUGAUCCUUGCCUCUUUACUAUACCUUCCGAUUUUGAUCAAUGUCAGAAAGUUCUCUCAUUUACCUUCCAUUCAACAGAACAACCCACAAAAGUACAUUUUCUGGCAAACCUUCAAUGUCCUCAUAUUUAAAUUAACUUUCUUCGCAUCUGUGGCCUACUCUCUGAUCUUCUUGACACCAUUUGAGCAAAUGGUAAUUUUACUGUUAUUAGGCGAUAUUUUUAUCAUUCCUCUAGUCAUCCAAGUAUCAUAUAUUUGCUGUAACAAAAAGAGUAUGGAUACGUUGUUCAAGUCGUUCAGCUGGAUCAAAUUUAUAAACAUUUUGUUUAAUAUUAAGGAGAAGACACUUAUAGCGCCACAGACAGUUCCAAGGGGUUUAUUUUAA